ACAGGCUCUGAGCCCAAGUCAUGUGUCCAGCCCUUUGACUCUGGAGCUGCAGACUCAGCCACCAAGAGCAGCAGUGGACCCUGGAGGCCUGAGGACCCAGACUUAUCCGCCAUGGAGGAUGAGCAGGAGGAUGGAAUUCCAGGGCUGCUCGGCGAUGGCGAGAGCUCGGAGGACUUCAGCCUGGACUUGGGGGACCUUCAGGGCAGUGAGUAUAUCCAGGACCUGGGCCUUGAGGUCCCUUCACAAAGCCAGCCUAGGGGGGCCAGGGGCAGUGGGCCCCCUAGCGAAGAAGCCGGAGAAGACUCGCCCUUCUCCAGCCCGGCAGGGUCCCAGGGCCUGCCUCGAAGACGCAGCUGGGAGAGGUCGCGGAGCUGCUCUGAGACCUGGCAGAGGCUCAGUCUCGAAGCCUCAGCUGCAAAUGAGGGGCCCUGUCUCCCUCGGACACUGGCCAGCCUUUCUCUGAACCUGCCAGGAGAGGGCCUGCAGGCCUGGACCCAAGGGUGUCUGUCUGGGGGCGGAACCCCCCUAGAGGCACCAAACAAGGAAUGUGACAGCCCCGAAAAAAGAGUGAGGUCACGGUCAGUUCCCGUGUCCUUCGAUGAGAUCAGCUCCCUGGAAAUCUUUCCGGCUUUGGAAGUGCCCGCUCCAGCGGUUCAAGGCCUGGAUCCACCGGUGCUGGAGCGCAUGGAAAAGGACCACGUGGAGCCAGAUCAUGUGCUGAUUGUCCAGCAGGUGCUUCAAGAACUCCGACAGUACCAUGGGGCCCGGCAGAGGGCUCGCUUGUCCGUCAGCCCCGGAGGAGCCCACUCAAACCUCACCUGGUUUGAGUUCCUGUCCGAGAGCGAGGACAGAGCGGGGAAGAUGGAGAGAAGUGACAGGAGUGCCAGGGUGAAGCGCAGACUGAGUUCCCUCCGAUGUCGAGUCACCAGGCAGAAGGAGAAGGGGAAGAGCCCAGUGCUUCUGAAAGACAAAGGCCAGGAUGCUCGAGAGCAGAAAGAAUGUGUCAACGGGCACCAGCUGGCUCAAGGAACCUUCUCUGGCCACUCCAGCUGCCCGCUGUGUGGCAAACCUUUUCUGAGCUCUGCAUCCCUGAAGGAGCACCCGAGGACCACCCUCCUGUCCGAUGGCAGCCCGGGCCUGGCCAGGAAUGUCGGCAUGACGGUCUCGCAGAAGGGGGGUCCACAGCCAGCACCCAGCCCGGCGGGAACGGGGACGAGACUUGGACCAGUCACAGGAGAGAUGGAUGAAACCGACACAGUGUCUCUGAAGUUCAAGCAGGCAGCCGAUGACUCUCUUUCACUUACAUCUUUGAACGCUGACUCCAUCUUUAUAGAAGACCCCUACACUGCCUCGCUGAGGCGUGAGAUCGAAGCAGACGCCCACGAGUUCGAGGCUGAGUCCUGGAGCCUCUCCGUGGACCCCGCAUAUGUGAAGAAACAGAAGAGGGAGGUGGUGAAAAGGCAGGAUGUGCUUUAUGAGCUGAUGCAGACGGAGGCCCACCACGUGCGGACGCUCAAGAUCAUGCUGAAGGUCUACUCCAGGGCCCUGCGGGAGGAGCUGCAGUUCAGCCCCAAGGCCGUCAGCCUCCUCUUCCCGGGCGCAGACGACCUGCUGGAGGUGCACGGCCACUUCCUGUCUCGGCUGAAGGAGCGCCGUCAGGAGUUCCUGGAGGAGGGCAGUGACCGCAACUAUAUCGUCCAGAAGAUCGGGGACCUCCUGGUACAGCAGUUUUCAGGUGAAAACGGGGAGAGAAUGAAAGAAAAAUACGGUGUCUUUUGUAGCGGCCACAAUGAAGCUGUCAGUCACUACAAGUUGCUACUGCAGCAAAAUAAGAAAUUUCAAAACUUGAUCAAGAGAAUCGGCAACUUCUCCAUUGUGAGGCGGCUCGGCGUGCAGGAGUGUAUCCUUCUGGUCACCCAGCGCAUAACCAAGUACCCCGUGCUGGUGGAGCGUAUUAUUCAGAACACAGAAGCUGACUCCGAGGACCACAAGAACCUGACCCAGGCCCUGAACCUCAUCAAAGGCAUCAUCUCGCAAGUGGACGCCAGGGUCAGCGAGUGUGAGAAAGGCCAGCGCCUCAGGGAGAUCGCGGGGAAGAUGGACCUCAAGUCCUCCAGCAAGCUCAAGAACGGGCUGAUCUUCCUCAAGGAGGACAUGCUGCGGCGGCAGCUCCACCUGGAGGGCACGCUGUGCUGGAAGACCACGUCCGGGCGCCUAAAAGAUGUCCUUGCUGUCCUGUUGACGGACGUGCUUCUGCUGCUACAAGAAAAGGAUCAAAAAUACGUCUUUGCUUCCGUGGACUCCAAGCACCCCAUCAUCUCGCUGCAAAAGCUCAUCGUGAGGGAGGUGGCCAACGAGGAGAAAGCCAUGUUUCUGAUCAGCGCCUCCCUGCACGGGCCCGAGAUGUACGAGAUCUACACCAGCUCCAAGGAGGACAGGAACACCUGGAUGGCUCACAUCCGAAGGGCCGUGGAGAGCUGUCCGGACGAGGAGGAGGGCCCCUACAGCGAAGCCGAGGAGGAGAGGAAGGUGGUUGAGGCCCGCGCCGUGAGGCUGAGGGACUUCCAAGAGCGACUUAACAUUAAAGACCAGCAGAUCGCCCAGAGCCUCAGCGAGAAGCAGCACAUCUACCUGGAGAUGGCUGAGAUGAGCGGCCUCGAGGACCUCGCCCCGGCUCGGCUCCUCUUCCGGGGAGGGGACCCCCCCGAGAACCUGCAGGGGGAGCUGAUUCUCAAGUCGGCCAUGAGUGAGAUCGAGGACAUCCAGAGCCUGAUCUGCAGGCAGCUGGGCAGCGCUAACGGCCGGGUGGAUGAUGGGGGCGGCUCCUUGUCCCCAGCUCGGAGGGUGGAGGCCUCCGGGGGCUACGACAGCGCCGGCGGCCCCGGCAAGAGUGGCAGUUUUCAGAAGAACAUCCGCAGCAGCAACCCCAGCCUCCGAGACUGGCAGGGCCCCGCGGGCAGCCCGGACUCGAGGCUCGGCGACACCCCGGGGGCCUCCGAGGAAGCACCGCAGGCGGCGGAGGCACCGGGUGCUGAGCCCAGCCCCCGGCUGCCUGCCCUCCUGGAGUCGGAGCAGCUCGUCCGGCGGAUCCAGACACUGUCCCAGCUGCUCCUCAGCCUCCAGGCGGUCAUCGCCCAGCAGGACAGCUACGUGGAGACGCAGAGGGCGGCCAUCCAGGAGCGCGAGAAGCAGUUCGGGCUGCAGUCGACGCGUGGGAACCUGCUGCUGGAGCAGGAGCGGCAGCGCAACUUCGAGAAGCAGCGGGAGGAGCUGGCGGGCGUGCAGAGGCUGCAGGGCCAGCUGCGGCUGCAGCAGCAGCACUGGGAGCGCGAGCGGGAGCGCCAGCGCCAGGAGCUGGCCCUGGCUUCGGCGCAGCUGCAGCAGCGCGAGACCGAGGCGCUCGAGGACCUAUGA